CAUUUUGGUAUACAUAGCCACACACAUCACUUGUGAUGUCUGUAUUCAUCAGAUAUGUAUUUCAUGAAAAAUAUUAACUGUUGUUAUCUUGAACUUUCACAAACUGCGACAAGAUUUCAGGGGCUCAGCAUCAUACUGCAUGUAUAAUCUUACAAAUUCUUUUUCUUACUGUGUGAAGAAAUGCUCGGUUGUGGGAAGACGUGCUGUGUGUUGGGGUUUUCUUACGCAACACUCUGUAAAGAGGAAACUGAUCUGUGAUGGAGGUUGCUCAAAGCUUGCUUUAUGUUCUAGUCUCCUGGAGUAGGUUUUUGAGACAAAACUGUUCCCCGGAGAGCACAAGCUGGUGUUGAAUGCUACAUUACACAAAAGUCUGUUGCAUGUGUGCUGCAGCGAUCAGCUGUGCAACAGGACUGUUCUUAAAUGUAAACACAGAUGUGUACAUUCCUCCUCCUCUACAAGGCGGUGAGCAUCUGUUGCUCGCAGCAGAAGUGGAGCUGGCUGUAAAUUCCAGGCUGAACUGCUGUGAAACACCCUGGGAGGUAGUACAGGCAAACUGUGUCCGCUGGAAAAAAAAAUUCUUAUUUAUGUGUAAAAUCAGUGCCAGUGCCACAACAGGAGUUCUGGAUACUUGCAUUUGCAGGGUGUCUGUACGGAAGGAGUUAAAAGGAGGAAAGGCAUAUGCAAAGCUGGGAUUUGCAGAUCUAAAUCUAGCAGAGUUUGCUGGAUCAGGAAAUACCACUCGUCGCUGUUUACUGGAAGGUUAUGAUACCAAAAAUACAAGACAGGAUAACUCCAUUCUCAAAGUUUUGAUCAACAUGCAGCUCAUGUGUGGAGACCCAUGCUUUAAAACGCCUCCUUCCACAGCAACGUCUAUAGCAAUUGCUGGAGAAUCUGAUUCUUUGCAUGAAGACAGGAAAGGUGGAGAAAACUUAAAAGUAGUACAUCUGGGCAUAGCAGAUGUCUCAUCAAAGAGUGCCUCAGUCCCCGAAGAACUUGGUGCAUGUGGACAUUCCAGGACAUCAAGCUAUGCAAGUCAGCAGUCAAAACUGUCAGGAUAUAGCACAUGUCACUCUAGAUCAUCCAGUCUGUCUGAACUGUGCCACAGGAGAAACACCUCGGUGGGUAGUACCUCAACAGGAAUUGGAAGUAUUCUAGAGCCAUGUGAAGAGACUGAGCCAAAAGUAGCAGAAGCUAGUAUUAAUACAUCUGUUAAAGAUGCACCAUCAGAAAAACUCUGCAGACAUCCUGUAAAGCAAGACUCUGUGGAGUCACAGCUGAAGAGAGUCGAUGCUACCAGAGUUGAUGCUGAUGAUAUAGUUGAAAAAAUACUCCAGAGUCAAGACUUCAGUUUAGACUCCAGUGCAGAAGAAGAAGGUUUAAGAUUAUUUGUAGGCCCUGGUGGAAGCACUUCUUUUGGAAGCCACCAUCCAUCUAACAGAGUAGGAUCUGGAGCAUAUGAGCAGGUGGUGAUAAAACGUUAGACUGGAAUGACAAACAAGAAGAAAACUUGGAGCUCUGGCAUUGAUACUUCUGCUUUUGUUUGCUCUGCUUCAAGAGUUAUGAAAGCCAAAAUGAACUUGAUGUGAUCUUUUUCUGAAAAGAAAUGGAAAGUGUCUUGCUCCGAGCUGCUUAUUCUGUGGUAUGAAGGCAACAUGUAGCUAUGUAUUUAUUCAUUGUAAGGUUGAACAGUAGAGGUGAACUUCACAUGCAUUUUAAAAAAACCCAAACUAACUAGAUCUAAACCAGCCUGCAAUAAGUUGUGCUAACUCUAAAUGAAAUCUAGAGGCUUAAAUGCAUCAAAAGUGACAUCUGGUUUUGUGCAAGUGACAAAAGAAGUGGGAUUCCAUAUCAAAAUACUAAGGCACAGUAGUGUAUUAUCAAGAAAGCUGGCUUGAUAGUUAAAUCUGGAGUUCAAAACCUGCUUCCCCAGAAACUCACUUCAAUAAUGCAUGAACCUUGAGAUUCAAUGGGGUGGUACUGUUUACAAACCUAGUCAGUAGUUUACUACCACUUAGAACUUUUUAUUGUAGCUUAAUUGGUCACAGUUAGUGCUUUGCUUGUGUUUUGAAUGUGCCUUGCAGGAUUGGGGAGGUACAAGUAGAUUAAACUAUUUACUAAGCAAUUUGAGCUUUAAAACUAGGUAAACAUCUAUACUAUAAUCAAUAUAACUUAUUAAGAGACGCACUUUAUUGUAUAUAUACUCUGCACUCUGAAAAAGUCUUACUAUGUAACAGAUUUGUUGAACACUUUCUUAACUAUCUGUCCACUGUUACAUUAAGGUCUAUGUACUGUAUUUAAAUUUGCACAAAUAGUGAUUUGCCUGACAGGCAAGAAAGAUGAAAGAUCUCUUAAAAUUUUCAUCAAGAAUUAUGGAAGGAUAAUUUUAAAGGGAUAUGUUAGGUGACACAGUUCCAAUUCAGGCUUGGCUCUGCUGUAUUUAAUUGUAAACUGCAAAUGACCUUAAUUUUGUUUUGAUUAGUUGUACUGCUUAUCUGUAAGGCUGGUAUUAAAAAUACAUACAAAUAGCGUGGCCAUUUCCGAAAGCUCUGAAUUCUGCUCAGGGUCAUGUUUGACACCCUUUUAUUCAAGUAUAAGUAGGCCCUAUUUAAUAGACUAAAUUAGGAAAAGCAGGCUUUGGUAUCCAUAAAUUCAUCGUAUAAUUAUUAAACUAAUUUUUAUUUCUCUAUUUACAGGAAAUUUCAGAUUAUAAAGCUUGAAUACUCUUACUGAAUAUGAUGAACAUGAGCUAUUUCUCAGUUAUGGUACUUAAAUAUUUUUAUUUCUUACUGUUAAUUAUAAUCUCUUUAAAGUGUUUAAUGGGUAAAAGAAUUAAUACAAAGAUUAUAUUUUAGCUGCUGUUAAUAGAAGUGUGGUAUUAUUCACUUCUGUCUUCCACAGGAAUUCUGAACAGAAACUACAACUGCCAGUAUCCAACUCUCUCUCAAAACACCAUAGUUUCCUUUCCUGUUAUGUAACUA